GAGGGAGGUGGUGUUCCCUCCGGCGGGUUGUUGUGGUGGGGGCGGGGAGCGGCGGCAGCCAUGGGAGAAGCCGAGAAGUUUUACUAUGUGUACAGCUGCGACCUGGAUAUCAACGUACAGCUCAAGAUAGGAAGUUUGGAAGGGAAAAGAGAACAGAAGAGUUACAAAGCUCUCUUAGAAGAUCCAAUGCUGAAGUUCUCGGGACUGUAUCAAGAAACUUGCUCUGACUUGUAUGUAACUUGUCAGGUGUUUGCAGAAGGGAAGCCUCUUGCUCUUCCAGUUAGAACUUCUUACAAGGCUUUUAGCACUAGGUGGAACUGGAAUGAAUGGCUGAAACUGCCGGUGAAGUACCCGGACUUGCCUCGCAAUGCACAGGUGGCUCUGACCAUCUGGGACGUGUAUGGACCUGGUAAAGCAGUUCCUGUGGGAGGAACAACGGUCUCGCUCUUUGGGAAAUAUGGUAUGUUUCGUCAGGGAAUGCAUGAUUUGAAAGUCUGGCCCAAUGUAGAAGCUGAUGGCUCAGAGCCCACCAAAACUCCUGGGAGAACCAGCAGCACAGUCUCUGAAGAUCAGAUGAGCCGCUUGGCUAAGCUCACCAAGUCCCAUCGGCAAGGUCACAUGGUGAAAGUAGACUGGUUGGACAGACUGACCUUUAGAGAAAUAGAAAUGAUUAAUGAGAGGGAAAAGCGAAGUUCUAAUUUUAUGUACCUGAUGAUUGAAUUCCGUUGCGUCAAGUGUGAUGAUAAAGAAUAUGGAAUAGUUUACUACGAAAAGGACGGUGAUGAGUUGUCUCCGAUUUUAACAAAUUCUGAGAUUGUUAAGAUUCCAGAUCCCCAGAUGUCAAUGACAGUGCCUAAGUACAGUUCUAGAAAAGAUUUCCAUUAUUGUGGAUGCCAAUUCAGUGGGACUGGUAUUGGCAGCUUUGGGAACCUUAAUGAGAACUUAGUAGAAAGCAAACAUCACAAGCUUGCUCGAAGUUUAAGAAGUGGACCUUCUGAUCAUGAUCUGAAGCCUAAUGCAGCUACACGAGAUCAGCUCAAUAUCAUAGUGAGUUAUCCACCAACAAAGCAGCUAACGUAUGAGGAACAGGAUCUAGUUUGGAAAUUCAGAUAUUACCUUACUAAUCAGGAAAAGGCUUUGACAAAGUUCUUAAAAUGUGUCAAUUGGGACCUACCACAAGAAGCAAAGCAAGCACUGGAGCUGCUGGGCAAAUGGAAGCCCAUGGAUGUGGAAGACUCUCUAGAACUUCUGUCAUCUCACUUCUCCAAUCCAACAGUUCGGCGCUAUGCUGUCGCCAGGCUUCAGCAGGCUGAUGAUGAGGAUUUGCUGAUGUACCUGCUGCAGCUAGUACAGGCACUGAAAUAUGAGAACUUUGAUGACAUAAAGAAUGGACUGGAACCUAGCAAAAGGGAUAGUCAAGGUUCAGUGUCAGAAAGCAUGACAACAUCUGGAACUAAUGGUGCAGAAAUAGACAGUUCCCAGAUAAUGAGUCCUGUUCCACCUGUGUCCUCACCACCUCUAACUUCUAAGACAAAGGAGCUUGCAGACAAUGAAAACCUUGAUCAAGACCUUUGCACUUUCUUGAUAUCACGGGCAUGCAAAAAUUCCACGUUGGCAAACUACUUGUACUGGUAUGUAAUAGUGGAGUGUGAAGACCAAGAUACUCAGCAGAGGGACCCAAAGACACAUGAAAUGUACUUAAAUGUGAUGAGAAGAUUUAGUCAGGCUUUGCUGAAGGGUGAUAAGUCUGUCAGAGUUAUGCGUUCGCUAUUGGCAGCCCAGCAGACAUUUGUGGAUCGGCUAGUUCAUGUAAUGAAAGCAGUGCAGCGUGAAAGUGGAAAUCGUAAGAAAAAGAAUGAGAGGCUUCAGGCAUUGUUAGCAGAUAAUGAAAAGAUGAAUUUAGCAGAUAUGGAACUUAUUCCACUCCCUCUGGAACCUCAGGUGAAAAUUAAAGGAAUAAUCCCUGAAAAAGCUACACUCUUCAAGAGUGCCUUAAUGCCUGCUCAGUUGUUCUUCAAGACAGAAGAUGGAGGCAAAUAUCCUGUAAUUUUUAAGCAUGGUGAUGAUUUACGUCAAGAUCAACUUAUUCUUCAAAUUAUUUCACUCAUGGAUAAGCUGUUAAGAAAAGAGAAUCUGGAUUUGAAGCUGACACCCUAUAAAGUGCUGGCAACUAGUACAAAACACGGCUUCAUGCAGUUUAUUCAGUCAGUACCAGUUGCAGAAGUUCUUGCUACUGAGGAAAGUAUACAGAACUUCUUCAGAAAGCAUGCACCCAGUGAUACUGGUCCUCAUGGAAUAAGUGCAGAAGUGAUGGACACAUAUGUGAAGAGCUGUGCUGGUUAUUGUGUGAUUACUUACAUCCUUGGAGUUGGAGAUAGACAUCUGGAUAAUCUUUUGCUAACAAAAACAGGUAAACUGUUUCACAUUGACUUUGGUUAUAUUUUGGGACGGGACCCCAAGCCUCUACCUCCCCCAAUGAAGCUGAACAAGGAGAUGGUGGAAGGUAUGGGAGGCACACAGAGUGAACAGUACCAGGAAUUCCGUAAGCAGUGCUACACAGCCUUUCUCCAUCUCCGCAGGUAUUCCAACUUGAUAUUGAACUUAUUUUCCCUCAUGGUGGAUGCCAACAUUCCAGAUAUUGCUCUUGAACCUGACAAGACUGUGAAAAAGGUGCAGGACAAGUUUCGUUUGGACCUGUCUGAUGAAGAAGCUGUCCAUUAUAUGCAGAGUCUAAUUGAUGAAAGUGUCCAUGCCCUCUUUGCAGCAGUGGUGGAGCAGAUACAUAAGUUUGCGCAGGCACAGCAGAUUGCACAGAAGGAGCCAGGAACUCUUCACAUAACAGCAUCUGUAUCUCCUCCAACAUUGCACUGUACCACAGAACAUGAUCCCCACCGGCUAUGUGAACAUUUAUCCCUUGUUUCAGAGGCCUCAACACAGAUGGAGAUCCUGAGGGAUAAUGCAGUUUUUCAGAUCUGGGGCUGUAGGAGGUGGCUGAGACCUCUCACUGGGACAGUGAGAAUUGCGCUCCUUGCUUGUAGGAAGUGUGCUGUGCUGGAGCAUGACCAGCAGGUUGAGGGAGGGGAUUCUCCUCCUCUUCUCAGUUCUGGUGAGGCCCCAUCUGCAGUUCUGCGUCCAUCUCUGGGGCCCCAUCAUAAGAAGGACGUGUACCUAUUGGAGCAAGUCCAGAGGAGGCCACAAAGAUUCUGUGAGGGCUGGAGCACCUCUGCUACGGAGACAGGCUGAGAGAGCUGGGCUGGUUCAGCCUGGAGAAGAGAAGGCACUGGAGAGACCUUAGAGCAGCUUCCAGUACCUAAAGGGGUGUUGGAACCAGAUGAUCUUUAAGGUCCCUUCCAACCCAAAGCAUUCUGUGAUUAUAUGGUGAAAACCAGGAAACUUAUCUAAACAUAAAGAAAUCGUUAUUUUUAACGUGGGGGUAAUCAGAUGCUGGGAGAGGUUUCCCAGAGUCUCCUUCUGUGGUAGAGUCUCCUUCUGUGAAGGUACUUGAAACCCAAUAGCACAAUAUCUUGAGCAACUAUUUGUGUUUGAUCCUGUUUGAGCAGGGAGGCUGGACUAAUGGUCUUCAGAGUUCCCAUCUCAUGCAUUAUCUGAUUCUUGCUAAUGGUCUGGGGUGGUAAUAACUUACUGUCUCUGCUA